AUGCUUUUAUUGAACAAGAAAAGUACUGGCCUCAAUUUGGAAGAGGCCUUUAACGAGGAGGAGAUUGAGUGGAAAGUGCUUGUGUUAGACGUCGAAAGCACAGCCAUUAUAUCUUCAGUCCUGAGAGUCAACGAUCUUCUGAAAGCCGGAGUUACAGUCCAUUCCUUAAUACAGCAGCGUAGAGCUCCAAUUCCAGAUGUUCCUGUUGUAUAUUUUGUCUCUCCUACCCAAGAGAACAUCAACCUGAUUGUGCAGGAUUUGAAGGAGAACAAGUACUCAGAUUUCUACGUAAACUUCACGUCAACUUUGAACCGAGAGCUACUGGAGGAUUUUGCCAAGCAGGUUUCUUUUACUGGCAAAGCGGAUAAGAUCAAGCAAGUUUUCGACCAGUAUCUCAAUUUUAUCGUCACAGAACCUGAGCUCUUCUCUCUGAACCUCCCAGGCUCCUAUUGUGCGUUGAAUAAUCCAAACUCUACGGAAGAGAACAUUACGGGUCUGUGUGACCAGAUCGCUGAUGGGCUUUUGAAUGCCUUGAUGACAACGUCCUCUGUUCCAGUAAUCAGAGCUCCCACGGGCGGUCCUGCGGAAAUUGUCGCUGAAAAGCUAGGUGCCAAGAUGCGUGAUAAUGUUAUAAGCGCAAGAAGCUCAAGCACCUCGGUGUUGGGCGACGACUCGCUCGAAAGAUGCGUACUCAUCAUUCUGGACAGGAACAUUGACUUUUCGUCCAUGUUUUCUCAUUCCUGGAUAUAUCAGUGCAUGGUUUUCGAUGUCUUUAAGCUAACCAGAAAUACCAUUACUAUCCCUAUCAAGACUGAGAAUGGCAGUAGCUCGGAGAGAAAAUAUGACAUAGAGCCUAAUGACUUUUUUUGGAACGAGAAUGCUCAUCUACCAUUCCCAGAAGCAGCUGAGAAUGUUGAGUCGGCAUUAAAUGCCUAUAAAGAGGAAGCCUCGGAAAUAACUAGGAGGACAGGCGUUUCAGAUCUAACGGAUUUGGAUCCGAACUCAAAUAAUGAUACUGUGCAAAUGCAAGCUGUGGUUAAGAAGCUGCCGCAACUUGCUGCGAGGAAAAAUAUUAUUGAUAUGCAUAUGAACAUUUUUGCAGCGUUGCUGGCUCAGUUGGAGAGCAAGUCCUUAGACGCAUUCUUCGAGAUAGAGCAGGACCCAGACAAUUCAAAAACGAGAAGCAGAUUCAUGGAUAUUUUGAAGGAUGGAAAAACUGAUAACUUGGAAGAUAAGCUGAGGUCCUUUGUUGUUCUUUAUCUAACCUCGAGCAGCGGCUUACCGAAAGACUUCGUAAAGGACGUGGAGAAAUACUUCACUGACAAUGAAUAUGAUGUGAGUGCUUUGAAAUACGUUUACAAGCUGAGAGAAUUCAUGCAGCUCUCCAACAGGACUUUGCAAAACAAGUCUCUAGAGGGUGAGCACAGCAAAAAAGCCGCCGGAGGCAAUUUGUCACUUUCCGGUCUAUACGGUUUGACUGAGGGAAGGCUUCAAGGUGGUGUUGGUAGUCUCAUUUCGGGCAUUAAGAAGCUUUUGCCAGAAAAGAAGACAAUACCAAUCACAAACGUUGUUGAAGCUCUUAUGGAUCCUUUAAACAGCUCUCAGAAGAAUCUUGAAACCACUGAUGGCUACCUCUAUUUUGAUCCACGUAUUACUAGAGGUUCUCAUACCAGGAAGCCGAAGAGACAAUCGUACAAUAAAGCCAUAGUUUUUGUGAUUGGAGGAGGAAAUUACUUGGAGUAUCAAAAUCUACAAGAGUGGGCGCACUCGCAGCUGCACAAUCCCAAGAAAGUUAUGUAUGGUAGUACGUCGAUCUCGACUCCUCGGGAAUUCUUGAAAGAGAUAGCAGAACUAGGAUCCAGAAACUAG